CAUACCCAACGUGUCAACGUGUACUUCCGUAGUUUCCGUAAACAAAGUAUCGACAGGCUUUGUCCUGAUCCUGGAGGCUAUUACCUCAUUUCCGCCAAUGAACAGUUAUUCUCUCAAGUGCUCAGCUCAAUUCAUUGCUUUGAACGUGGAUGAUUUCAGCCAACAAUUCAUUUAUAAUCAUUCGAAUCCAACCGAGUAGGCGUGAGUUAGUUCUACAGACAUUCGACAGCGAUCUACCCCGCUCCUCUCCCGUGUCUUCACCUGACGCAGUGGUAGAGAGUUCUGUGAGUUCCUUGCUUGCGUGUGGCGGUUCAAAACGAAGCGAGUCUGUAUUUGAGGUUCCAAAACGACCUGGAAAUAAAAAUGGAUUCCGCUGAUACACCAGUUAGACAAAGAAAGAAAGUCACAGCCGACAACGCUCGUGGUGAUUUUGACCAAACCGAACAGACUGCAAAAAAUGUGAUUCAACAGGAAGAGGAUGACCAAGUCCAAGAUGAUGGUCAUGAUGGUGUGGACUGCAAAUGUGCAAUUAUUAUUUUGUUCCUCGUGUUUGCUGUUGUGUUUUUAGGCAGCGUGACCCUGGGAUCUAGAUUUUCCCUUCCAAUUUCUCUAUUUAGCACACUUAACAAUAGAAUGACAGGACAAACAGAACAAAAAUUAAAUCCCACGAAGGCCACAUUUCAUGACAGGGAACAAAAAGCAAGUGAUUCAUUUCAUCAAAAAGAUUAUGAUGGUCAUGUGCGUGAAAAUAAUGAUGGGUUUUCAGCAGAUGAAAUCCUGAUGCAUUCUGAAAAUCAAUUUGAGAGAAAUGGAGAGAUGAAGGAAAAGCCUUCGAAGCCUGUGUUGGACAAACAGACAAUCCUCUGGUGGACUGAUGCACUGUUUCCUCAUUCUCAUCGAGGUCACAUCUCGAACAUCACUUGUGGAGAGCAUACUUGUUUGACAACAAGCGACAAACGGGUGUUGUCUGACCCACUAACAAGAGGUAUUUUAUUUUAUGGAACAGAUUUCAGAGCAUAUGAGGCACCGCUACCAAGAAAACCAUGGCACGAGUGGGCGCUGCUUCAUGAAGAAUCACCCAUGAAUAAUUAUGCCUUGGUCCACGGCAUGCGGCUCUUCAACCACACAGCUACUUUCAAAAGAGGAUCAGACUAUCCAAUAACGACACACUCUCUUACAAAUGUGGAUUAUUUAACCGAGAGGGAACCUGUUCCAAUUGAAGAAAAGAACAGAUUACGAAAGAAGAACUUUGCGCCGAUACUCUACGUCCAGUCUCACUGUGACGUAGCAGGAGACAGAGAUAGAUUCGUCAAGGAGCUUAUGAAACAUAUACGAGUUGAUUCCUAUGGUCAAUGCUUGAACAACAAGAAGAUUCCAGAAGAUCUGAGCAAUCCUAUUGACUCAAUGGAAUCAGAACAGUUCUAUGACUUUAUCUCAAAGUACAAAUUCCACCUUGCUUUUGAAAAUGCCAUUUGCGAUGACUACAUCACCGAGAAGUUCUUUCGCCCGCUUCACGUCGGAUCUGUACCAAUCUACCGAGGGUCCCCCUCUGCCCAGGAUUGGGCUCCGAGCAAGAGAUCAUUCAUCGACGUUAACCAGUUUGAAUCCCCAAGGCAGCUUGCCUACUUCAUCAAACUCCUAGAUGAAAAUGAUGAUAUUUAUUUAGAAUAUUUGUCGUUUAAGGAAACGGGCAUCACAAACAAAGCCCUGGUAGAUCACAUGAAUAAUCGCGACUAUGCCAUAAACCAGUGGAACCUGCACAGCUUCAUCUCUGGUUUCGAGUGCCACGUCUGCAAAAAGAUUUCCGAGCGGUACAAAGCUGAGCUGGACCCUAGUCAUCCCGCCCCAGAGAAGAAGAUAGGAGAUAGUUCUCAUAUGGGAUGUCCACCCCCUGCACCCUCAGUUGGAAACAUAGAAGAUAUACCUGCAACCGAAGGGAUUCAUAACUGGAUUCAGGACUACUGGGGAAUGAGGGACCAGGUGGUCGCUCUGGAGGAAAUGAUCAAGGAUGGUGCAAAGGAUUCUUCCAAACUCUUUGAGGUCAUGGAGGAUAUUUAUAAUGAAAACCAUCGGCCUUGAAGCACAUCUGGAUAACACAACAUAUUGGCAGCUCCAGGAUAAAUUUUGCAUAUUUGUCAAAGUCAAAUUGUCUGACAAAUACAGAAAGUAAAAAUAGCAAUGCAUUAUCAUUUUCUACUGGUAAUGGGGCGUAAUAUGUAUACAAAUGUAAAAAUAGCACUGUUCACCAGAGGGCAUGAUCCUUUGUCCCCCCCCCCCCCUCCUCCUCCCCUUCAACAGCACUUAAUAGAUGAUAACCAUUAACCAUCGUUUGAAUGCUGGUGUAAUAAAGUGCUCAUCCGCAUCUACCUGUAGGCCAUUUGUUAGGCACAUUUGCAUGUGCAACGUGAAGUGCGUGAUGAUGUUUUUGAAUAACUUGCUGACAGUUUUAUGAUUGCAGGCAGUGUCUUUAUUCUUUCCAUUCAGUUGAGGUUUUCUCUAUAUUGCACAGACCUCUUUCAUGUAUGUACAUGUAAGGAUAAGAAAUUAAGCAAUUUCUUUGUUUCAUCUCAAUUUUUGUCUAUCUCAGUUGAGUAAUAUAACAAGAAUUUAAUAUUGUUGUUAUGAUUUGUGUAAUUCUUCAAGGGAAUAGGAAAAUGAUGGCUUUAUAUUUUGCACCAAUUAAAAAAAAUAGUAAUGGAGGGAUUCUAUAUAUAUAUAUGUAAAAACAGACAAGGCAUUUCCAAUCACAUAUUACCUCAGCUAAAAAUGUGUAUUUGGUGAAUUUGUAUAUCACUGUUCAGAUAUUAAAUCACACAUUCUAAAGAUCCUAGUGUUUCAUGCCUUGCAUGCCCCGGUUGCCCCCAAUCAUUUCUUCUGUCAUGAAAGUACUCACUGAUAGCAUAGGUGUAGAGUGAGUAUUCCACCUAUCUUUAUAUUUAAAAUAAAAUAGCUUCAGUUUCUUUUUCUCAUCAAGAUCAUAAAGUUCAAGUAUAUUUUUGAAAUAUGUCAGAGGAGAACACAUGUAUGGUAUCACUGUGCAUUACAUCCGCCUUUCCAACCAUAUUGAACUAUAGAUGAAGAUUAUGGAAGUUAGACAGAAUAACUUUCGUACUUGGUGCUAUAUAAAAUUGCAGGCUGAAUGAAAAUGCUAAUAUACUUGCCAAAAUAUUUUUUUUUUAAAGAAUAUGUAGUGCCUUGAAUUUAAAGAAAUAUGGUCAAAGGAUAUCUAUCUUUUUAAUAUUCUUUCACUGAUGUCAGUCUUUGUUGUUCCCUUUUUACUUUAUUUACAGGAUGAUUAGAGCAGUUCUUUUUGUAAUUGCUAGAUGAAAAAGUAACUGAAAGUAUUCUAUCUAAUUAUUGUAAAGCAUUUUACAUUUACUUGAAUGCAAAGUUUGAUUUGAGACACCCAUUUACUGCGUGACUGAAAAACAAUUCGUAAUUCGUAACUCAUGCCCUGAGCAGAACUCAAAGUUGUCUUUAAUUUGAAAACUUUAUCUAUAGGUCACUAACUCACUAUGAUAAAAUCUGUAUUGGUAUUGUCUCAUACUUAGUGUCUUCCAAAGUUUUAUGUGUGCAAUCCAUGAGUUAUUGAGAAACACAAUAGUUCAAUGCAUAUAUGUUUGUUUUUUCUUUAAUAUAAGUGAAAGAACGUUGUAUAUAAAAUCAGGAGUAAAGUUAGUUGCUUGUGAUGUGAUAUUUUGAAUUAAUGACAUAGUGGUAUGACUUAUGCAAUUAUUAUUAUCAUUUGUUUGUUUUUAAUUGUGUAUUGUUAAUUUUUUUUUUUAAUAGUAAUAGUAAAUGACAAAUGAUGCUCUAUGAUUAAUACAUGUAUAUGCAAUCAUGACUUUGGAAACAGAUUCAACUUUCAUCUUCCAGCUAGAGAAUAUUUAAGAAAAAAAUACAAAUUAUUUUCUGGGCAACAAAA